AGGUGUCGGGUUACCGCCGCGGGGGCUAUAGUUAGCCGCGGGACUUUGUUGAUCGGCUAGACUCCCGGGACAGCGCAGCACCCGCCGGGACUUAAGCCCCCCGCCGGCCAGAGCGGUCAGUGUUCCUUCCCGCCGUCGUCCCUGAAACUUCCAGGCCCGCCCUUGGCCCCGCCCACACCCGCUUGGGCCGGAUCCUGGACGAGACCCUUCACACCCCAGAGGAAGGGACCCUGGUCUUUGUCUCCCAGCCCAUCGCCAGUGCUGCCCUCUUCAUCUGGACCUCGCCCUCCCUUGAGUCGCCCCCAGGAAGGAUGCUAGCGGCUUUGCUGAUGGCUCUCAGCUACCUCGGCCUCCAUGCCCUCUGGCAGGCUCAGGCUGUUCCCAUCCUGCCCCUGGGCCUGGCUCCAGACACCUUCGACGAUGCUUAUGUGGGCUGUGCCGAGGAGAUGGAAGAGAAGGCGGUCCCUCUGCUGAAGGAGGAGAUGGCCCACCACGCCCUGCUGCGGGAGUCCUGGGAGGCAGCCCGGGAGGCCUGGGAGCACAAGCGCCGAGGGCUCCCCCUGCCCCCUGGCUUCAAAGCGCAGCACGGAAUCGCCGUCAUGGUCUACACCAACUCAUCUAACACUUUGUACUGGGAGCUGAACCAGGCGGUGCGGACCGGUGGCAGCUCCCAGGAGUUCUACAUGAAGCACUUCCCCUUCAAGGCCCUGCAUUUCUACCUCACCCGGGCCCUGCAGCUGCUGCAGGGCAGUGGGGGCUGCAGCAAGGGACCUGGAGAGGUGGUGUUCCGAGGCGUGGGCACCCUCCACUUUGAACCCAAGAGACUGGGGGACUCUGUCCGCUUGGGCCAGUUUGCUUCCAGCUCCCUGGAUGAGGCAGUGGCCCGCAGAUUUGGGAAUGUCACCUUCUUCUCUCUAAGGACUUGCUUCGGGGCCCCUAUCCAGGCCUUGUCUGUCUUUCCUGAGGAGCGUGAGGUGCUGAUCCCCCCACAUGAAGUCUUCUUGGUCACCAGGUUCUCCCAGGAUGGAGCCCAGAGCCUGGUGACUCUCUGGAGCUAUAAUCAGACCUGCAGCCACUUUAACUGCGCCUAUCUGGGUGGGGAGAAGAGACGCGGCUGUGUGUCUGUACAAGCAGGAGGGCAGCCAGAUUCUACCCCCAAGGGGGACUUCUCUCUGCUUUCCUGGAAGACCCUGCUCUUUGCCCCUGGGGGCUUCCAGCUCUCAGGAGCUGGGCCCUGAAAGCCCACUGUCUGCCACUAGGAGUCCUAGGAACUCAUGAUCUUCCAUUGAAGAAGGGGGCUUCGAAUGGCCUCGAAGCGGGAACGUGGUUUCGGACCCAGCCCUAGCAGCCAUUUCCCCAGGGAUGGGGACCUACCCAGCCAUCUCCCCUCCCAACCAGGAUGUGGGGGGAUCUGAGGCCCUGGCAGGAUGGAGGGAGCCCUGCUAUGUGGUAGGGAUUCCCCGGGACAAGCAAGGGUGGUACUAUGAGGGCCACUCAAUUAAACAGUAUUGCAGUGUGGUGAUAUCA